AUGGCCGACUUCGAUUUGGGUGCAUCUUUCAUUCCCAAACUAUACAAACCUGCGGCACUUCUACCAAUUGCAAAGCACCGUGAUACUCUCUUGUAUCUUGUCGAGACAUAUCCUGUCACCAUUGUCGUGGGCCAGACAGGAUCUGAUGGAAAAGUCAUUGCCAUCACUCAGCCGAGACGUGUAGCUGCUACGACUGUGGCUCUUAGGGUAGCAGAGGAGGUCGGCUGUGAGGUCGGCAAGGAAGUGGGAUAUUCUAUCCGCUUUGAAGAUCUCACCUCUGCAACUACUCGCAUAAAGUUCAUGACGGAUGGCUUGCUCAUUCGGGAGGCUCUCGUCGACCCUCUUCUAUCUCGUUAUUCUGUCAUCAUGGUUGACGAGGCCCACGAGCGCUCGAUCAGUACGGACAUUCUUUUAGGUCUGCUGAAGAAGAUCAUCAGGCGGCGGCCAGAGCUCAGGAUAAUCGUCAGCAGCGCUACGUUGCAAGCAGAGGAUAUUCUCAAUUUCUUCAACAGUAAUGCGGACGAAAAGCUUAGCAAUGACGAUGCCCAGGGGAAUGGUACAAUAAUCAGUUUAGAGGGCCGGACAUAUCCCAUUGAUAUUCUCUAUCUUGAAACACCGGCCGAAGAUUACGUGGAAAAGGCAGUGUCGACGGUCUUCGACAUCCAUACAAAGGAAGGAGAUGGUGACAUAUUAGUCUUCCUGACCGGGAGAGAAGAAAUAGAUUCCGCGGUACAGGCCAUUUCAGAACGAUCUAGCCAGCUCCAUCCGCGCUCACAGGCACUACUGCCUCUUCCACUAUACGCAGGUCUGUCGACCGAGCAGCAAAUGUACGUGUUCGAGGAACCGCCGGAAAAUACGAGAAAGGUGAUCAUCUCGACAAACAUUGCUGAAGCUUCAGUUACAAUCGAGGGAAUUGUUUACGUCGUCGACUGUGGAUAUGUCAAGCUCCGCGCAUACAAUCCGAAAACUGGUAUCGAAACAUUGACUCCGGUGCCAAUCUCGAAGGCAGCCGGGGCACAGCGGGCUGGGCGAGCUGGAAGAACAAAGCCCGGCAAGUGCUUUCGCCUAUAUACGGAGGAAGCAUACAUAAGUCUUCCUGACGCGAACGUGCCGGAGAUACAACGGUCGAACCUCGCGCCCUUUAUCUUGCAAUUAAAAGCCCUUGGCAUAGAUAAUGUGCUGCGUUUCGACUUUCUCACCCCGCCUCCCGCAGAGCUAAUGAUCAAAUCAUUAGAGCUCCUAUACUCGCUAGGGGCGCUUGAUGACUAUGCAAAGCUGACGAGGCCAUUGGGAAUGCGAAUGGCAGAGCUGGCCGUUGUCGAGCCGAUGAUGGCUAAGACUCUCCUAGCGGCCUCAGGCUUUGGCUGUCUAAGCGAGAUACUCACGAUUGCUGCGAUGACUAGCUUGGGCGGCGCCGUAUGGAUACAGCAUGAUGGUGAUCGAAAGAACAUGGAGAGCGCAAGGCGGAAGUUUGCUGCAGAAGAAGGGGAUCAUCUUACGCUUCUUAAUGUUUACCAAACAUUCAUCAGCAAAGGCCGCAAGGAGUCACGUUUCUGCCACGAGAACUUCCUCAACUAUAAGGCUCUGAGCAGGGCAGUAAGCAUACGCGCGCAACUCAAGCGAUAUCUAGAGCGCUUCGGCAUCAUGGUCGACGAGUCGCUGAAUGCGAGCAGUGCCGCUGGGAAAGCCGAACAGAUUCGCCGUUGCCUAACAACCGGAUACUUUGCGCACGCAGCCAAAAUGCAGCCGGACGGAACAUUUCGUAAUGUCGAGGGAGGAACAGUGCUUCACGCCCACCCAAGCUCCCUCAUGUUCAAUCGCAAGGCUGACUGGGUCAUUUUUCACGAGGUCAUGGAAACGGGCAAUAAAACUUUCAUCAGGGAUAUUACCAAGAUCGAGAAGACUUGGUUGCUUGAAUACGCUCCCGAGUUCUAUCAGAUUAAGCCUUGA